AUGUUUCGCCCAACCUCUUUCUUCGCACUUGGCGCCCUUCUAUUCCUCACACUACUUGACCACGCCUCCGCUGUCACAGCGGGCUGCGGCAAGUCGCCGAAGUUGAGGAGCGGCGUCCAAAGGACAACAGUAAAUGGCAAGCAGCGUCAAUGGACCCUCCGAGUCCCGAACAACUAUGACAACUCCCACCCAUACAAAUUCAUCUUCGGCCUUCACUGGCUAAAUGGCGACAUGACAUCCGUCUCCGGCGGUAACGCACCAUACUACGGUCUUGCGGCUCUUGCAAACGAGACCGCCAUCUUCAUUGCCCCUGAUGGGAUAAAUAAGGGCUGGGGAAACCAGAACGGCGAAGACAUCACCUUCCUCGAUACCAUCCGCAAGCAAGUCGAGGACGAUCUUUGUGUAGAUGAGACACAACGUUUCUCCCUUGGAUUCUCCUACGGUGGUGCCAUGAGUUUUAGUCUGGCUUGCAGUCGCGCGAAGGAGUACCGCGCCAUCGCCGUGCUCUCUGGUGCAACCCUUUCGGGCUGUGCUGGCGGAAACGAUCCAAUCGCUUUAUACCAGCAGCAUGGCGUGAAAGACAGUGUUCUACCCAUCGCUUCUGGAAGAGAGAUCAGGGACCGCUUUGUGAGGCUGAACGGAUGUCAGCCUAAGAAUGCGCCGGAGCCUGCGAGAAACAGCAGACAGCGUAUCAAGACGGUGUACGAUGGGUGCAAGUACCCGACGCAAUGGACUGCUUUUGAUGGAGACCAUGUUGCGCUUCCUGGAGAUGCGGGUAACGAUGUCGGACCGCAAAGCUUUACACCUGGGGAGGUUUGGAAGUUCUUUUCUCAGUUCUAA